CUUGGAGAGUAGGCUGUUGCACUGCUGUGUGGUGCGACCAGGAGCGCCUCAACUCGGUGCGCAGACCCCACACUUGACGCAACUCUGGCGUUGCUACCCGAUCUCAGAUUGCCGUGGUGACGGUCUCAUCUAACGUCAGCGUGGCAGGCCCAGCCCGGUGUGAACCGUCGCCCACGCAGGGUCUGACAGGAUCGCUGGGAGUUCCCGUGUCGCCGAAUAGGUCCGUCGACAGGCUCAUCCAGGCGCGAGACGACCGCUGUGAGAGAGACUUGACAGCGGGUGGGGAGGGGAGAAGUAUGGAAGGAAAGGAACGGGUCGGAGAGCGUGAAGUGGGCGUUGCGAGACGAGAUCGUGUCGCUUUGUGGGAACCUCGAUCGUCGGAGUGUGCUGGACCUUGCUGAUAGAUGUCUCUCGGAAUUUGAAAGGGUGGUCGGGCUACGCGACCGCGAUGAGCCGGCGGUCAAGUCCGCGCGCUUGCGCCGUGAGCGCACGCGGAGACAGCGACGAUGGGCAAGCGCGGAGAUCGCAUUUUGGGCGGAGGACGAAGGCCACCACGGCAUUUAGAAAGAGCCUGUGUGCUCAAAGUCUCACUUCCAAUCGAUCUCAGCGCGAGAGACAGAUCGCUCGCCCGACGGCGUGGCCAUUCGCUUCGAUCGAGAGGCAUAGACCUACUGAUGAGAAAGGAGUCACGAAUAGCAACAGGCUGUGCAGGCAGCCGGACAGGUUGUGCACCUUGCUAGGCAUCAUUGUCCAGAUGAGCUGCAAGCUAUACCGGUGUGAUUCACAUUUGCGGCAGCCUCAUCGACUAUCGUAUGGUGUAAAGCCGACAGACGUUCGGCCGGCCGGCUCGACUCCAGUGCUUGCCGCUCCAAAGCAAAGAAAUGUCAACGUGUGGCUGUGAUAGCCGUCGUGCUUUGGCUGUCGUCCCUCGUCCCUUGCCAAGAUCAUCAGCAUGCACAAGCGGCCAUCAGAUCGUAUGAUAUGCGAACCUCUAUCACGGUCGAUACACACCCGCAGAUCGCAUAGUCAUGGUCGCACGUGCUGACAGAGAUCUCUUUACGUAUGAGAUUACGUUCCCCUUGCAGGGUGCGAGGUCGAUCCGCAGGCCCGUCAUACUGUUCACACGCUAUCUGCGCUAAGGAUGUCUCGGUCGACGCCACUUGUGGGUGCCGAGGGUGACAUGCCACCAGCUCGCCACCUGUAUUUCGGGAUUGGGGCAUCAAAGCGACCAGGUCGGUCAUUUGGCCUUUGGGCAGUCGCGAUUUCUCAGCCGGGUGUCGGCGACAUUGGCGGGCCUCUCGCUGCUGACGAAG